UCAGUCUUCUUUUGAACGCCGCAGCUGUCAGUUGCUCCAGCUCCAAGCUUUCCAGCUUCAAGCACCUAGCUCCGAAUUUAGAUAUAUUUUUGUAUAACUAACUUACAAAACUCGUGUUGUGCUCGUGGCAUUUGAAUUUAUUGGUCGACGCGUUCGUUUCUUUUUACUUAACGUGUGUCUGUGUAACGUGUUUUGUUGCUGGAAAUUUUUCACGUUUUUUAAUUAAUUAACAACAACAACAGCUCGAUAAAAUAAAUAAGCACUGCAAAAGCACCAAGAUGGUUGAUCUAUCGCCAGUACAAGAGUUCUACAAGGACAAGACCGUGUUCAUCACGGGUGCUUCCGGUUUCAUGGGCAAAGUGCUGCUGGAGAAGCUGCUCUACUCGUGUCACUCACUGAAGGAGGUCAUCAUCAUCUGUCGCCCCAAGCGCGGCAAGGCGCCCGAAUCGCGUCUCGAGGAGAUGUUCAAGCUGCCCAUCUUUCAGCGUAUCAGAGACGAGCGUCCCGAGAUGUUGAAGAAGGUGACCAUCUAUCAGGGCGAUGUUACCUACGAUUUGCUGGGUUUGAGUGGCGACAGCUUGAAGCAUGUGGUGGACAACACUAACAUUGUGUUCCAUAUGGCGGCCACGUUGAAGCUCGAGGGCAAUCUGCGCGAUGCCAUUGACAUGAAUCUGCUGGGCACACAGCGUGCCCUCAAUGUGGCCAAGCAGAUGAAGCAGCUGGAAGCAUUUGUGCAUCUCUCGACAGCCUUUUGCAACUGCGAUCAGGAAGUGAUGUACGAGAAGGUUUAUGAGUUCCCCCACAAGCCCGAGGAUCUCAUGCGUCUGGCUGAAUGGAUGGAUGUGAAGACUCUGGAUGCGAUUACGCCUGAUUUGCUGAAGCCACAUCCCAAUACUUAUACCUAUUCGAAGCGUCUGGCCGAGAUCCUAGUGCGCGAUCAUUACGAAACGAUGCCGGUGAUCAUCGCCAGGCCAAGCAUUGUUUCGCCAUCGGCCUACGAGCCCGUGCCUGGCUGGGUGGAUAAUCUGAAUGGACCCACGGGUUUGAUGGUGGGUGCCGGCAAGGGCGUCAUACGCUCCAUGCUCAUCGAUACGCGUCACAAGUCCGAGGUCAUACCGGUGGACUAUGCCAUCAAUGGACUGUGCGUCAUCCCGUAUCAGUUUGUGACGCAGCAGCAACGUCCGGUGGAUGUGCCGGUGUACAAUAUAACGUGCGCGGAUCAUCGCAAGAUGCAGUGGGGCGAGGUGAUUGAGAUGAGCAAAAAGAUCGGUUAUCAGUAUCCGAUGGAGGCGGGUCUUUGGUAUCCCGAUGGCUGCAUCACGACCAAUAAAUUCCAUCACAAUAUCAAUGUGCUGCUCUUCCAUUGGCUGCCCGCCUAUGUCAUUGAUUUCAUGCUCUUCAUACUCGGCCAGAAGCGUUUCAUGAUACGUGUGCAGAAUCGCAUCUCGGUAGGCUUGGAGGUUUUGCAGUUCUUUACGAUGCGCGCCUGGUUCUUUAAGUCCGAUGCCUACUCCUCGCUAUGGGACAUGAUGAACGCUACGGAUCGGAAAAACUUUAACAUGGACAUGGAUCCCGAGGAAACGAUCCCCAUGUACAUCGAGUCCUGUGUCCAAGGCGGUCGACAGUAUCUCAUGAAGGAGUCUCCCGAUUCUCUGCCACGUGCUCGACGCCAGCUUAUGCUCAUGUAUAUCCUGGAUCGUGUGUGCAAGGUGAUCAUCGUAGGUUUCCUGGGCUACUGGACUUACGGGCUGCUGUCACGCCUUGUGGGCGUGUGAAUCAUUUAGCCACGUUAACGAAUGCAGUUAGCCAAGUUAAAUAAAUAUAGUAAUUGCGCGCUUUAUGAUUGUUGCUUAGGUUCGCUUUGUUGGGUACAAAACGUCAUUGAAGUUUUUUUUUAUAUUUAAGCCAUCUUCUUAUCCAUGAAUAUAUCUAAUAUCAAAUAUGAAUAAAACGGUUCGAAUAUCUUUAACGAGUGCGUGUUCGAGUGUUGAGUAUUGCUUAAGUGUCCAAACAAACAACGACGAAUAGCCAAAUUGUAUACAGUCAGAACACACAAAACAGAUACACACUCAAAUGAAUAAACUCACGAUAUUCAUAUGUCCUAAUAUCCUGUUAUCCCAAACAUUUCCUCUACUCCAAUAAUGAACAAUAAUGAACAGUGAAUAUAUUCGCAACUAAAGACAAUCUCCACUCCUACCCUAUUAUGAAUACAAUGAAAACUCUCCCUUACCCUACCCUACACUCAUAAGUGAAUGCUAUGAAUACACUCAGUAUAUUCAUUUGCGCUCACAGAUAUACAACACCAAAAAUUUAAAGAGAAUAAACACUAAAUUAACACUUAUUACACUGCUCCACUAUUGAAUAAAAUUAAUACACUCACAAUAUUCACAUGCAUUCUCUUCCACUUACAACACCUAAACUAAUUCUUCUUCAAUUACUCAACUGUACACUCUACACCUCACACACUUGAAUACUUUUAAAACACUCACUCAUUAUUCACAACACUCACACUACACUCACACCUAAUUGGCUACGGUUCAUCAACAAUUUUGAUGGAAACGGCAAAUCAUGUUGGGCUUUCCUCGGUAUGUAGAAUCCAAUGACAUUGGUUGAGUGCGAUUCGAAUUUUAAUAUGUAACUCUUC